UGCAUGUCUCUUAUCUCGACGUCGGCCGAGAUGUGGGGUAGUAGCACGCUGGUCGGGGCGAGCGAGCGCCGGAGCGCUUUCACCACCACCACUACCACGGCGGCGAUCGGGGUUGCACGAAGGUUCGUCUUCAUCUACGCCAGCUUGAUAUGGUGUUUUCGACUUGCAACUCAAGCAACUUCAUCAUCACGAUAGUUUGAGUUCAAAACACCAGGACUCUCACUCACUCAGCGCACUUCCGGCGACAACGAAAACUACAACGACAACAACAACAGCCAUCAUGGGCCGUCGCCUCGGGCUGCCCCUGCCGGCAAAGCCGGGCUUCCUACGGCCCCUGCCCACCAACAGCCUGAUAGCCAUCUCGUCGCUCGUCCUCGUCAACGCCCUCGUCUGGUCCGCCAUCGCCGUAGUGCUGCACUUCCACCCGGCGCUCAUCUCGCCCGCCGCGCUGUCCUACACGCUCGGCCUGCGGCACGCCCUCGACGCCGACCACAUCUCGGCCAUCGACCUCAUGACGCGGCGCCUCAUCGCCUCGGGCCAGCGCCCCGCCACCGUCGGCACCUUCUUCUCCCUCGGCCACAGCACCAUCGUCAUCGUCACCUGCAUCGUCGUCGCCGCCACCAGCGGCGCCCUGCGCGAUCGCUUCGACGGCUUCACCCGCGUCGGCAACAUCAUCGGCACCGCCGUCAGCGCCACCUUCCUCAUCGUCUUGUGCCUCGGCAACGGGUGGGUGCUCUACAGGCUGGUUAAGCGCCUGCGCGAGGUGCUGGCCUCGCGGCGGCGCAUGGGCGAGGACAGCGAGGAUGAGGGCGCUGCCGAUGCGGGCAACGGGCAGUUUGACCUCGAGGGCGCCGGCUUCCUCGCCCGCACCUUCAAGUUUCUUUUCAAGGCCAUCGAUCGCCCUUGGAAAAUGUACCCUCUCGGCGUCGUCUUUGGCCUUGGCUUCGACACGAGUUCCGAGGUGGCCAUUCUCGGCAUCGCCAGCAUCCAGGCCAUCAAAGGGACGAGCAUAUGGCUCAUCCUCAUCUUCCCCAUUCUCUUUACGUCCGGCAUGUGCUUGCUGGACACAACCGACGGCGCCCUCAUGAUGGCCCUCUACACGUCCAGAGCCUUUAGGCGCGACGUGGUCGCCAUCCUCUACUACUCUAUUGUCCUCACCGGCAUCACCGUCUUCGUCUCCGCCUUCAUCGGCAUCAUCCAGGUCCUGUCCCUGAUACAGAACGUGGCCGAGCCCGAAGGGAGGUUUUGGGACGGCGUUUCCGAUGUGGGCGAUCAUUUCGACAUCAUUGGCGGCAGCAUCUGCGGCGUCUUUGUCGUCGUCGGUCUCGGAUCCAUCCUCCUGUACAAGCCGUGGAGGCGGCGCGUCGACGCAAAACGGGGUCAGCAUCAGGCCCUCAUUGCCGAUGAACUGGAUAGAGAGAGCCCCGCGCCUGAGUCUGAGCACCAUGUAUCGUCAUCACCAAAGGGUGCGCCAACGGAGGUGCACGUCGUUGGUCAAUCCAGCGCUUGAUAGAAGAAGAAAUAAUAUACAACCCAAUAUAUCGCUC